AUGCAAUUGCAACCUUAUAAAAUCCCUCUUAAAGAAUUUUUAGGAGAAUUUUUGGGAACUUUUGUUCUUAUGUUUUUUGGUGAAGGUUCCACAGCUAAUUAUUAUACAGCUGGUGCUUCAAAUGAUUGGCUUAAAUUAUGUUUAGGUUGGAGUUUGGGUGUAUUUUUUGGGGUUUUAGUAUCAGCAAAAUUAAGUGGUGCACAUUUAAAUUUGGCCGUUUCCAUAGGGUUAUCUUCUAUUAAAAAAUUUGAUGCUAAAAAAGUUCCCAUAUAUUUUUUAGGACAAAUUAUAGGAGCACUAUUAGGAACAUUUUCUGUGUACAGAUUAUUUUAUGGUUUUGUUCAUGCAGAACAAAUUCCUAAAUAUGUUUGGGAAACUGGUAGAAAUAAAUUAAUUAGUUUACAAUGUGCAUUUAUGAAUGAGUUAUUAUUAACAGGAUUAUUGCUUCUUGUAAUAUUAGUUGUAACAGAUGAAAGUAUAUGUGGGAAAUUUCAUGUUUUAAAAGUUAGUACUGUUGUUGGAUUAACUAUUUUAUGUAUUGGUAUAAGUUUUGGUGGAAAUACAGGAUUUGCACUAAAUCCAUCAAGAGAUUUAGGUGCUAGACUUUUUUCAUUAAUGGCAUAUGGAGGUCAAGCUUUUUCAGGAGAUCAUUUUUAUUUUUGGAUUCCAUUAAUAGCUCCUAUUUUAGGUGGUGUUAUUUUCUGUCAAUUUUAUGAUAAAAUAAUUUGUCCAUUACUUGAUAUUCCAUCAAGUGAAAAAGAUGUUAUAGAUGUGUGA